AUGACAAGCUCAAUAAAAGAAAGCAGUAUCACCUCUCCUGACUCGACAAUAUCUUCUCUUCUAACAAGUUAUAGCGUUGACAGCAAUAAUCCAUACUCACACAGUUUGAUUCACUACAAGGACAAGCUUUACAGCUCUGCAUCUGAAGCUCUGGAGGCUUAUAUUGAAGAUUUUGAUCUAAGUCUGACAUCUUCAGAAACAAGCACUGGAAAAAUCUGCAUAUUUCAAAGCACUCCCAAACAAGUGAGGUUUUCAAAGCGCCUUGCCAGAGAAAAACAUGGUAUCUAUUCUGCAUCACUGGAUGAUUUUGAUCAGCACGUAGGAUUGGGUUCUCUUGCUUCACCCUCCAGAAGGCAGACGGAGUGUGACCUAGACUUGAUGAGUCUCGCGACGGAUGAUCUGUUAGCAUUUCCAGCAGAUGGAUCGCUGCCCGUUGUCCAGCAUAGUCCUUUUAAAUCAAGGUAUCGAAGUACUGAGUGGAGCAGACAGCCACUUAAAACAUCUUUCUGCCCUUACCAAACCUCAUCGCUCACAACUGAAAACGGUUUCAGUCUCCAGGAGAAUGGGAAAGCUGUUACUCACCAGCAUCCAGACAAAGACUUCCGCAGAAAGAAACACACUGUGUCUACGCCUGAUAAGUACGAUUCUGUCUCCUCUAAAGGAAGUUUGAGACCCUUGUCUUUUGAAGAGAACUCUAACGCUUUCAAGAAUUAUCCAAGGUGGAUUACCAGUCAGAAGUCUGACUUAAGUGUAUCGGGGAUAAGGAGUAUUCCCAAUUUUCACUACCCAGUCUGGCUCAAGAGUUACAACCUUUUUUCUGAUCCAACUAAAGAAAGUGAUGGUCAAAAUUUUAAUACACAAGGCAAAGCUUCCUCCUCACAGAAUUCUGAGAUCCUGAAAAAAGGACACUCUGUAGAUAAAGACAGUUCUAAUUUUUUUGAACAAAGUGGUUGCCUGGAUCCGAGAGGUGAGAACAAAGUAAAAGGAACUUGCAACUAUGGCGGUCCAAAUACACGCUUCCCAUUUGCUAACUUGUUUUCCAAACAUGCAAAAAAGUGGUUCAGAGAAGCCCAGCUUGAGCUACUUAUGUGGAAGGCUGACAGAGGUCUGGAGAGUUCACCUGAAGGUUUGUCAAAUAAUCUGGAAAAUGAUGGCAGUCCUUCCACAACAGAUAUACUCGGAGCAGAAAGAUCGUGGGAGAAUGCUCCAGGUGCUUUCAAACCACCAGUGCCUGUGUGCUGUGAGGACAUGGAGAAUGCUCUACCGUUCCCCAAGGCAGAUAUCAUACAUAAAUUCUUGGAAGACUGUUUAAGUGACAAAAAUAAGGAAAAUAUGUUUUCUGGAGGUCAUCAUCACAGGCCCCUGGAGGCUUUGAAGCAAACGUUGUUUAAACUUCAAGCAAUUCAGGGAAGUUUAAGCCAGAAUGAAACUGCUGAGCACCAGCAAGAGCUUGAAAAACUUUCUGAAAAAGCAGAGGCUGAACUAAAACUGAGUGACAGUGAGAUAAUCCCUCUUACUAAUUCUAUUCAGAAAGCCUUACACCAUUUGUCACGUCUGAAAAGUCUUGUUGAAGAUAACAGUAACGAACAAGAGCAGACCGAUAAUCACGAAGAAGAUAGACAAGGAAAAAAGUGUCAUCUGUGA